CGGAUAUCGCUACCCUUCAUAACUCAGCAGCGCAAGCGCGAGUCAUCUCACUCCCGCCGCAACACACACCCGGAAAACAAGCCACUGCAGAUAUGUCUGACUUCAGCGAGGACCAGAUUCUUGAAUUUAAAGAAGCCUUCCUCCUGUUUGACCGUACGGGAGAUGGGAAGAUCACCUACAGUCAGUGUGGGGAUGUGAUGCGCACGCUGGGCCAAAAUCCCGUCAAUGCCGAGGUGCUCAAAGUCCUGGGCAACCCAAAGGCAGAAGAAAUGAACCAUAAAUUGCUGGACUUCGAACAGUUCCUGCCCAUGCUCCAGGCCAUCGCUAAGAACAAAGACCAGGGCACGUUUGAGGACUUUGUGGAGGGGCUUAGAGUAUUUGACAAGGAAGGCAACGGCACAGUCAUGGGUGCUGAGCUCCGCCAUGUUCUCACCACACUGGGAGAGAAGAUGACCGAAGAGGAGGUAGAAUCGCUUCUAGCUGGACACGAAGAUGCUAACGGUUGCAUCAAUUAUGAAGCCUUUGUUCGCCACAUCAUGUCUGGCUGAGAGAUGUCUCGGAACUCGUCCGCAUGGUCAUGAGCGGUUGAAGAUAAAGACCACAACUCAUUUGUUUGUCUUUUCUAUGUAAUAAUUUCUUUAUAUGUAUUUUUUGUUUCUUCCUAUUCAUUCCGUCACCUUCAUUUGCUUAAUGGCUCCAGUCCUUCGCUUGUGUUUGCACUCAUUUGGGUAUUAUUAUUAGAAGUGCCUUUAUCUUCUUUAAGUUCCCAUUUGACUCCCCAAGAGGUCCACCUCCUGUCCUGUGGUAUUCAAACCAUAUAGCGAUAUGAAAAAGAUCUCUUGUGUGCUGACUGGUCUGCAAUAAAACCUCUCAAUACAGCACAUUAGCAGUGUGUAUGCAAUAUCCAGUGUAUCCUCAGGCAUCUCUGCUGGACUGUGCUGUAGUAGAAAUGUCGUGUCUGGCCAGACUUUUAUUUUUGGCCUUUUCAGAAUAAGUUACCUUUUUCAAAUUGAGAAAUUAUGGAUCGGAAAUGCAAUAACAUUGUAAUUAAUUUGGAAUGUUCUCACUGUCCAAUAAAGUUUCCAACAAAGUCCAA